AAGAGAUCAAGCUCGAAUUGGAAUUGGUUUGAAUUGAAUGAAGCUGUUCCGUCACGCGUCAUAGCCCGCUCGCACGUUUGCUUGAUUCAGCACCAUCCCAACGCCCUCGAGUUUUCCUGUGCGAGCGCUACACCGGAAGGACAAUCGGACAUCGUGCCACAUGCGUAAUGCUGUGUUCACUGUUUUGGCUUACAUGUGGUUCGACGGAGUUACAACACUGUCACGGCAUCAUCCCCGUCCUUAUCCAUGUGAUCAUCUCUGCAUUGGCUAUGUCUGCGAUGCAGGGUUGUUGAUCUGGUGUGGUGGCACUUGUCGGUUUCUUUACAUGAACCCAACCCUCCUCGGGUGCGCUCCUGUGGCCCCCAGUAGCCCCCGUUCAGUAACUCACGUAAUGGCACAAUGGAACUUGGCAUUCAUCUUACUUGUCUUGCUACAAAUUAGUAGAGCUAGCUGACCAGAAGCUCCGUUGCCAACGGAAAAGAGUCACCGACAUCCGUACAGGUGGAUCACUGGAGACCUAUACGGUGUUCAUUCAAGAACCAGGGUGCGAA